UCAUUCACCAGAAAAGACUCUUAAGUUAGUGAGAGACAGAGAAGAGAAAUGGAUCCCUCCAAAGAUUCUUCAGCAGAAAACACAGAGAGAAUAGGAUGCCAUUCUCCUCUAUGUUAUUGGAUUAUUGCUGGAGUUUCCAUAUCGCUCCUCAGUUCCUGUUUCAUCACCAAAUGUGUUGUGUCAUAUCGUUUAUUCUCACGGGGCUGUGAAGAAGACAAGAACCAGUUUGAUUUGAAAGAGCACUUCAAGGACUUCUCUUGCUCUGCUGAUGGAUUUACCAAUACUUGUUGCCCAGUGAACUGGAAAAAAUUUCAAUCUAGCUGUUACUUCUUCUCUGAUGACUUCAUGACUUGGACUGCAAGUUUGAAGAAUUGUGAAACAAUGGGGAGCCAUCUGGUAGUUAUAAACACACGAGAGGAGCAGAAUUUCCUUUUCCAAGCAAAACCCAGUGGAAGAGAGUUCUACAUUGGGCUGACAGACCAGGUGGUUGAUGGUCAGUGGCAGUGGGUGGAUGGCACACCGUUCAACAAAAAUUUGAGCUUCUGGGAUAAAGGGGAGCCAAACAACAUUGCUGGGGUUGAGGACUGUGUAACCAUAAGAGACAGUUCAAGCGCAAAUCACAACUGGAAUGACAUGACCUGCUUCUUCAGGAUGUAUCGAAUUUGUGAAAUGCCAGUGAGAAGUUUUUUGACAGAGAAGAAAGUAGUAGAGAGAAUGUAUGUUCUUUAA